GGGGCGGGGCCGGACUCUGCCCGCCCCGCCCAGACCGGCCGCGGGGGCGGAGAGCCAUGGCGGGGCGAAACCCUGGCACCGAGCUGGAACUUGGCUGGCUCUCGAAAGUGUAUGUGAAUCGACCUGCAGUUGUGAGGCAUGCAGAACAAAUUAAAAAAUGGAAAACUUUGAAAGGUAAUUGGCAAGCUGCUUGGCUGCUGAAAGCUGUCACCUGCAUAGACCUCACCACUCUUUCAGGCGAUGACACUCCUUCAAAUGUUCAAAGACUGUGUUUUAAAGCAAAGCAUCCUAUCAGAGAGGAUCUGCUCAAAGCCUUGAACAUGCACGAUAAGGGCAUUACUGUUGGAGCGGUUUGUGUAUAUCCUGCAAGAGUCACCGAUGCUGUUAAUGCCCUAAAGGCUGCUGGUUGUAACAUACCAGUAGCUUCAGUGGCUGCUGGGUUUCCAUCUGGACAAACUCCUCUAGAAACCAAACUGGCUGAAAUAAAACUGGCUGUGGAAUAUGGUGCCAGAGAGAUUGACAUUGUCAUUAGCAGGAGUCUGGUGCUGACUGGCCAGUGGGAAGGUCUCUACGAGGAGAUCCGUCAGUGCCGUAAGGCCUGUGGAGAAGCUCACAUGAAAACAAUCUUGGCAACAGGUGAAUUGGGGUCCCUUGCUAAUGUCUACAAAGCCAGUAUGAUUGCUAUGAUGGCAGGUUCUGAUUUUAUAAAGACGUCUACAGGAAAGGAGGUGGAAAAUGCAACCCUUCCGGUUGGAACAGUCAUGAUGAGAGCCAUUAAAGAAUACUACUGGCAAACUGGCAACAAGGUUGGAUUUAAACCCGCCGGGGGCAUUCGAACAGCAAAAGAAGCUAUCACUUGGCUUAUGCUGGUGAAGGAGGAGCUGGGAGUGGAAUGGCUGACACCAGAGCUCUUUCGCCUGGGUGCCAGUAGCUUACUGGGAGACAUUGAGCAACAGAUUUUCUAUCAUGUGACUGGCUCUUAUCCACUUCAGCAUGAACUGGCAAUGGCUUAGACAUGAAAUCAGCUCAGGAUUACUUUUACAAAAGAGGUCUUUAAGCAAACAGCAUUCAGAACUCUUCUGACAACCAAGUGCAUAUGAUGGAAUGAAAGACCUAAUUCUCCCUUCUUCAUAUUUUAUAGUAUUUAAAAAUAUGCUCAAGUCUGGUGGUUGUACUUGAUCCAAAAGCAGAAAAAAAUGGUAUUUCUGAAAUAGUUAAAUAGUUAAUACUUACAGAUUUGCAAAGUUAAUCUUCCAAAGUUCCUCAGACCAGGCUGAAAAGCUUAUUAAUGGCAACACUGAAAUACUAUGAAAGAGAUUUAGGUGGCCUGGUAACACUUUGCAGUCACAGAAUAUGAAGUAUCUAUGGAAUGUUUCAGAUUGCUAAUUAAGAGCUACUGAUCUUGAAAUAGAUUUCCAUUCACCUCAGACAAAAUCUUCUGGCACAAAUGUGUUGCACUAUUAAUUGUUAUGUUGAUUCAGUUUCAAGCAUUAUAACUGGAAAGAAGAAUGAAACUUGGCUAAUACUGUCUUUUAUAAAAUGUCUUCUGUAUCAAAAAACCCCACCUCUUUUUUAUUUUUUGUAUUUUUCCCCUCAAACUUGGGCACAGACAUCCAUAUUUAGACCCUUGAAUAAAAGUGGCUUAAUUUCUAGAGCAGCUGAGUAUCCACAGUUGCUCCUGAAGUUAAUGGGAGCUCUGGGUGAUCAGAACAACUGAAAAUCAAGCAGUCUCUAUAUAGGUGCCUAACUAUGCAUUCAGGGGCCUAUUUUUAGCCAUUUCACUCUUAAAAUUUUAGUCUAACUUGCUUAGAAGCUCCCAUUCCUGUCUCCUGUCAUUUUAAAACACAUUCAUGCAAAUCUUUCCAUUUUAAUGUAGGGGGGUUUGACUGUCAGUUUGCAGGUGUCACUGCUGGCUAAACUUCAACUUUGCCAUUCUAAAAGCAAUUCUUUAAUUUAAAAGGUGAAUUGAAUUGUGUCCUAUAUGGGGUUUAAUGCUUUAAUGUAAAAAAAA